AUGUACAUUGAACCGUAUCAAGCGUCGCAUGGCUUGCUCUUAGUAAACACCGUUACGGGACAUCGAGAUGUUCCUGUGUUCUGGUCACGUUUCUGUCAGAUCUGUGUGUUCCGGCUGCAGACCCAUCAGUGGUGCUUCCUGCUGUGUAACGUCGUCUUGUUUCACGCUCUGCUGUUCGGCGGUGACCUCGUGGAAGAGUUUCUCCUGCAGUCGUCUCCCGCCGCUUACACCGACCGCUUCGUCCUGGACGUCCGGGAGCGCGCGCGCAAACUGGACCUGAGUGAGACCAGGCUCAACACCUCACAGCUCUACCCCAUUAACACCGAACCCUGCCUUCAUCAUCAGGACCUCCUCAUCCUCACGCUGGUCCUGAGCUCCCCGGGAAACUCCAGCCAGAGGGAGGCGGUGCGGAACUCCUGGGCCAAUCAGACGACGGUGCGCAGUGUUGCCGUGCGGACUUUGUUUUUCAUCGGCUCCUCCCGUUCAGGGGCGGAGUCUACGGCGAUGAGGGAGGAGUCCGAGCGCUACGGCGACAUCGUGCAGUUCGAGGGGGCCGUGUCAAGGGGCGACUGGCAAAGAGGACACUGGGAACAAGUUAAAAUGGCGCUUCGAUGGAUCCUUCUUUUUUGUCCACAGGCCCGAUUCGUCGUCCUUUCUGAGGAUUCGGUGUAUUUGAAUGUUCCUGCGCUGACCUCAUACCUGCUAGGACUGAGAACGCACCCUGAUGACCUUUACCUGGGCAGGGUCAUCCAUCGGGCCGCACCUGAGCGGGACCCCGACAAGCCGCGUUACCUGCCCUAUCAAGCGUACCCUGAGAAGUACCUUCCGGACUACUGCUCUGGCCCGGCCUUUCUUCUGUCUCAAGACGUCGUGAGGAAAGUUUACGUCGCCUCUGAGGACGUGUCGUUGCCCCUCCCCUCUGACGUCCUGAUUGGCCUGUGUGCGAGACGCGCGGGCGUGGUGGCCACUCACAGCGCUCGCUUUUCUGGAGACAGACACAUCCGCUAUAACCCCUGCUGCUACAACUUCCUUUUCAGCUCGGCUGGGAUGGGGGCGGGGAUGAUGGGCGUGGCCUGGAGGGAUCUAGGUGCCGGGAAGGGGAGGGGCUGUGGCAUGCUAGAGACUUAUUACAGUUUGGUGGUGUGCAAAACAAUGACCUACCUGGAUAAACUUACUUUCCCGAGUAGUGACAAAUCGCAGGGAUAG